UGGAAAUUUAGUUGAUCAAGGAGCAAUGAACAAAUAUGAUGAAAUAAUGAAGGUGAAGGAGUCUAAUCCAUCUUUCGAUGAUAUAGAACUCAUCGAGAAAUGCUUUGGAUCACAGUCUCACAGCCAUGUAUUUUGUUAUGGCGGUGGAAUCAAGAGAAAGCAUUUGGUUGAAUCAAACUCUUCUUAUGUUAAAAAGCUUGAAGCUAGACUUCUUGAAAAGGAGGAAGAAAAUGGUGUGCUUCAAAAACGCAUUGAUGGAAUUGAAAAUAGAUUAGAACAAAUCGAGAAAGACAACAGUCAACCAUCAAUGGCAUCAACAAGAAGCAAUGAUGAUCUUCAUCAGAUUUUCGACUCGUCUUUUCCAUGGAAAACGAACCCAGAUUUGGAUUCGUCGUCCAUGGAGAAGACGGAACAGACAUGGAAGAUGAGCCAGUGGGAUGGAAGACGAACCCAGCUAUUGAGAAAUUUGAUAAGUUUAAUGUUAAUGACAUUUCUUUAUUUUCAGCAACACUAUCUUAAGGCUAAAAUCUUAGUCAGGACGUACAGCAUUGUUGUGGUACUGUAA